AUGGUGUCGAAGGCGGACCUCCUGGCAGUGACGAUGAUGUUCGCCUACAUGAACCCCAAGCAAUCACCCGAACACCUGGACACACCUCUGAAGCAGCUGAGAAAGGAGUACGACUACAUCAUCGGCAGUUCUCUGCGAGGCGAGGCGACCAUCAACAUAAAGACAGAGCUGGCUGUGGUGACCAAACCAGCCAGCGAAGAUGUUCCCACCUCGUCCACGCCCGAAGAAUUCUUCUCGUUCGAGAACCAAACCCUUCCAGCCAAGGCACAGGACGAGCUGUCGCGGUACCUGCUGGUGCCUGCUGACUACCCACUGCCACAGGUUAAGAACUUCCAGGGACUGAACCAACUGGGCGGUGGCUCGGCGGGCUCUGUGUUGGCCAACCGCCUGUCGCAAGACCCCUCGCACCGGGUGCUGCUGCUUGAGGCCGGCGGCGUCGAGGAUUCGGUGACGGACGUACCCAUGCUGGCCUCCGUCAGCCACCACACGGACAUCGACUGGAGCUUCGUCGCCGAGCCACAAGAGGGCUGCUCGUUCGCACUCAGGGAACAAAAACCUGUGUGGACUCAGGGCAAAGUUCUGGGGGGCAGCAGCGUGCUCAACUUCAUGAUCUACAACCGAGGCAACCGGCGCGACUACGACACUUGGGCCGCAGGCGGAGCCACGGGGUGGUCGUACGACGAGGUGCUGCCCUACUUCAAGAAGUCCGAAGACAACACCAAUGCCAGCUACGUGGCUAACGGAUUCCACGGCACCGGUGGCGAGCUGACGGUCAGUUCGGCCCAGUACCGCUCGUACGUGCUGGACGCAUUCCUCAAGGCGGGACAGGAGCUGGGCUACAACAUUGUCGACUCCAACGCAGGGGAGCAGACAGGUUUCUGCCCGAACCAAUUCACUAUGCGAGGCAAAGAACGCUGGUCGACGUCCAAAGCGUUCGUGAUUCCCGUCGCCGGGGAGCGUCCCAACUUGCAGAUCUCCCUUUUCUCUAUGACCACAAAGGUCCUUUUCGAAGGAAAGCGUGCCGUGGGCGUGACGUUCCUGAAGGACGGUGUCGAGCACACUGCGCUGGCCACGCGAGAAGUCAUCCUGUCGGCGGGGGUCGCGAAUUCACCAAAGCUUCUCAUGCUGUCCGGUGUCGGACCCAAGGACCACCUCAAGGAACUGAAGAUCCCCAUCGUUGCUGACCUGCCCGUAGGCAGCGAUCUUCAAGACCACGUGAUAGUCGGCGGCAUCGGCGUGCACCUGCGAGAUCCCUACAACAUAGGGGUGUCGGGGGUCAAGGCAGCACUGGACUACUACCGUUACAACACAGGUGCGUGGACACUUCCUGGUGGAGCAGAGGCUGUGGCUUUUGUCAAGACGAAGUACGCAAACGCGAGCGACGACUACCCGGACGUGGAGAUCAUGCUGAUCGGCGUGCCGCCUAGCUCGUCUUUCGUCGAGACCUACCUGACCGGACAGGGGCUCAAGCAGGAGGUGUACGACCAGUACUACAAGCCGUUCCGAGGCGAGCCGUCCUUCCACAUGAUCCCAAUGGUGAUGCGGCCUAAGUCGCGGGGAUUCGUCAAGCUGCGUUCGGCCGACCCCUUGGACGCACCGGUCAUUGACCCGCGGUACUACAGCCACCCAGAUGAUGUGGCCGUCAUUGUGGAAGGGCUUAAAGUGUGCAAGCAGAUCGCUGACUCGGAGGCAUUCCGUGAGCACGGCGGCAAGUUCUGGACUGUCCCGUUCCCGGGAUGCGAACAGCAAGUGCAGUUCAGCGACGAGUACUGGCGCUGCCUGGCCCUGUCUUUCGCGGCCACUGCAGCACAUCCGGCCGGCACUUGUCGCAUGGGUAGCGACCCUCUCGCCGUCGUCGACCCUCGACUCAGGGUGCGCGGAGGCGUGACUGGACUUCGCGUAGUGGAUGCCUCCGUCAUACCGGACAUGCUCUCGGGUCACCUGAAUGCGCCGGUCGUGAUGAUCGCCGAGAAAGCUGCCGACAUGAUACUGGAGGACGCCAGAAACAGCAUUCAAGUGGGAAGCAGAGUGGUGGCAUCCAGCCUGCAGGAUGCACCAGUCGGUGAAGGCACGCUCUUCGCUUCGGCCGCAGCUUCACCCGCGCGGUCUCCUGUCUCCUUGUGGCUAUGCGCGAUGGCGAUGCUUGCGACGCUAUUGUGUCCGCAUGCAAUGACGCAUCGAUGAGGUUCAAUCUCCCGGAAAUCACCUGCUAUAUGGACUCUCUCACCCUGGCACACAGUGGCCGAAAAGUGCAGAUCGAUGUUUCUGUGAUCGCCGCAUACUCAGCCUUAGAUUGAGGAACAUUUUCAUUUCAAAGUCUUUCAUACUUCGAAGCUGUUCUAUGUAAAUAUUCGAGUUGCAGACACCAUUUAUUCGCAAAGGCGUGUUCAGUUGUCGAAACGUUAAUUUUGUCGCGAUCAUUGCAAAAAACUAGACAAGUAAGCACAUUAAGAACUUUCUUCCAUGCUUUGGACAGUCCCCGUGGCACACGUAGUGUCGGAACCAAGAGGUUACGAAAGGAUCCUUCAGUUAGAAUCAUUUGCAAAUAAUCGGAAACGCAACCUACUCUUCAUUGGCUGAUCAUAUUAUAAGCCCAUAUUUUCAACAACCAUAAAUUUUACUAAAAUUUGUGUGGUUGCAAAUAGAAAGCACUGAGUGAGCUAUUUCGCGGAAAUAAAAAUUUCAAGGAAAGCUUUUUUCAAUACUUAAAGAAGUUACGAAAUAUUUGUCGCUUUUACUGAUUUGUGUUUUAAACGAGACCGUCCAAAUGCUGUGUGCAGUUACCUGUACGAACAUGCAGGCAUUCUUCGAAACCACUUUAAUCCAUUUGCAUGUAAUUUGAGGCACUGCCAAACAUAAAGUGAUGUAAAAGCGCCCGCUUUUAGCGCACCCUUUUUCACUGUCGAAGAGCAGUAAAGAGAAUUAUAUUUUUACCUUGUAAACCAUAAAUAAUGAGGGCGUUCUAUUCCGUUGGCGUGUGUCGCUGGUUGAAGAACAUUCCCGGCGGUAAAAUCGAAUACCUUGUGUGAAGCAAAAUGCUGUGUUAGAUACAAAAAAAAAAAACUCCAGCUAGACUAUGGCGAAUAAUUACGACGUGUGUAAAGUAUCUGUGAAUCAUUACUCAGCAAAUAAAGAUAAAAGAGUGUAGAAAGAUAAGGAUGGUGUUGAAAGUGGUGGGCAGUACUCUGGUGGUAAUCAAGAUCAAAGUGAGCAGCGGCAGGCACCAAUAUCCACUUCGGGGCCUUGCACGAUGUGUGACGUUGGUUGCGAUUGCAGUACAGCAUGCGACCGGCUCCUAUACAGUGCAUUAUUUUCUAGAUCAUAUUAGAGUUUGUAAACAUAACGAUGAUUACGCGCGCUGAAGUACUGCUCGCAGUAAUUUAGUUAAGGCAACCAGAGUCAUCGGCGUCGGCUAGCUUUUUCUUUUUGCGCGAACUCACGACCCAUGUAGACAGCGCGCUCUACAAUAUCGGCAAAUUGGUGCCUUUCGGCAUUCAUUGGAAAGAUCUUUCGUGCGUAAGCUCAAGACCCCUUGUACCGCAUGGUAAGAAAAUUACGUAUCCUUAAAAAUGGUGGUUACCGUUCUUCUCAGUGGUGUUAUUGUGUUGUCAUUGAAUUGUCCUUUGUUUUUUGUUAUUCAUUUCUCUGCUUGGUUUUGUAGUACUCCGUGUUGUUAAAUAUGCAGAUUGUUGUUAACUGGAUAGUUGUGAGCUCUAGGUGCUCGCCUUCGUUCUCUGUCGUGUUCGCCGCGUCUUUUUCCAUAUCUGCUUACCAAGUUGCUCAAAUUCGCAGGUUGCUGCAAUAUAUUCAGUGCUUUUUCCUUCAUGUUCUAAAACCACUGUAGCUGCUCAUUUUUAUGGUAUUAUCUAUAUUACGGUGAGCAUUGUUCUUGUCUGUGCACCUCAUGGAAAUCAUAUUUACAUUGCUCCUUCGGCUUCCCUUGACACUCUGCGAAGAAAGUUUAGUAAAUGUCUGAUGUUUGUGAUUCUGUGGGUCAAGAUCCUUUAACUAGAGGUAGGACUAUCCGUCUAUCUCGUCUGGCAUCAGUGACAGAUGUCUCUGCAGAAGUUAGUGGGUUCACUUUUCGAGUAUUCCC